CAACGUCUUCAUCCACAAGAAACAAAACAAAAUCAGCUUCUACUCAGCACCACUUCAUUCUACCACAACACUCCUGAACAUGACUGUUUUCUACAAGCUCGCCAUUCUCGCCGCCGCCGCCAUGGCCGCCACGGCCGCUCCCAUCGUUCUUCCAGCCACCCCAGGCCGUAACACCACCGCGAUCCUUAACUUGGGACUCAAGGACAACUUUGACGGUCCUAUCAGGGCCGAGGACUCCACGUUCUCUGGCCGCGGUACCUGGUUUACCGAUAAGUCCGGCUCCUGUGGCAAGUCCUUUGACACGAACGACAUGAUCGUCGCCAUGAACGCCGAGCAGAUGGAUGGCACUGCCCAGUGCGGUCGCACUGUCCGCAUCACCGCCAACGGCAAGACCGUCGAUGCCAAGGUCGUUGAUACCUGCCCAUCCCAGUUCUGCUCUUCGGGUGCCUUGGAUAUGUCUCAGGCUGUAUUCAAGAAGCUUGCGCCCCUCGACAAGGGUGUCAUCCAGAUCAAGUGGCAGUUUGCUUAAGCUCAUUUUUUUGAACCCAUAUUCUCCGGCAUUGUUUCUUAAGGAGUUGGGCUGACUGGUUCAGCCUUUUUACUUCUUUUCUAUCAUUCAUUCAGAGCUACAACAUGUAUUAUAUUCCUUUCAUUGUAUAUAACACCACCAUAGAGGCUCAUUCAGCUUUUCUUGCUCCAUUGUUGAGCAAUGCGCAAUAAAUAGAACCACAUCAACGCGACUUACUC